UCCCACCUAUCCGUAUCAUGAUAAACGCUGCUGGGGCGGUCGCCCGCAGGAUGCCGUCCGUGGCCCGGCGGAGCGGAUGCUGGAUAGCGUGGUGCCAGGCGGUCCUGCUCGCCGCGUCGGCGCUGGUUAUCGUGGCCGAACGGACCGCUCUGUUUUACUGUAUAGGGUUCUACCUUUGGAAUGAGGAGACGCAGUGGGCGGGCCUCACUCUCGGCCUCUUUCUACCGGGGACAGCAGUCCAGCUGCUGAGCAUGAAAUGGUACUACGAUGAUGGGGAUGACAGGCGAUGCUACCUCUCUGUCAUACACAUACUGCACUUGGGAAUAUUCAAAAGAUUAUGGGAUUGCAUGAGAUCGGUGCUGCGUAUGCAGGGCUCGGUGGCUGAGCUCGGAGCUGCUGUCAUGCAGCAGGCAGAUGUUGCUGCCCUUUGGCUGCUGGAGGCCCUCGUCCUCACGCUGCCUCAGAGCCUGCUCCAGGCAUAUGUGGUGGUGUCCACUGAUGUGGGCAUCAUGUCCCCAGUGGCCUACUGCUGUGGUCUGUGUGUGCUGUCGAUUUCCUGGGCGCUGGUGCUGUACAGCAGAGCCUGCUGUCUGAUACGACCGGGCCACUUGGCCAUGCCUCCGGCAGCCCUGCUGUGCCAGCUGGUGUGGCGGGCAGGCAUGCUGAGUGCCAGGGUGACUUGCCUCAUGUUCUUUGCCAGAGUCUUUAACUGGUGGGUCUGUGGAGUAGCAGGUUUCCACUGGCUAACGGCCUCAUUCUGGCUGGUAUCACAGCAACCAGACGUCUGCACCGGCCCCUGGUGUUGGCGCGCCUUUAAUGGCAUUAUGGGGCUUGUCCAUAUCUUCCUCUUCCUCAACGUCAAAGACGGACCCUCGCGCUUCCGCAUGGCCAGUUUUUAUGCAUUUAUGUUUGUGGAGAAUGCCACCCUGCUGCUGGCCGCCUCCGACUUCCUUAGCGAAGCAUCAUGGGACAGCAUGACCCUUCCCACCACUGUGCUGUGUAGCUUUCUCCUUGGUGCUACCUCACUUGUCCUAUACUACCGGUUCCUCCACCCCAAGUCAACAGAGAUCUCCCAGGGUACGCUCCACAACCACAUGGGCAGCACCUGUAUAGAACGAGGGGAGUCCUCCUUUUCUCUUGGGGACAAAAGCCUGCCUGCUGCCUCCAUUCAAAACCAUGGCAGCUUCUCCCUAUCAGGUGUGGCUGGUUCUCUGCUGGAGCACCCAGGAACCUGUGGGGGCCGAGCUAACAGCUCCUGCCCGUGCUACCACCACCACUGGCUCCUGAUCCGGCUGGCUCUGAAAACAGGAGAUCUGGGGAAGAUCAACAGAGCUUACGGGGCAGGCGGAGCAGCAGCUAUACUUGAUAUGGAGGAGUACAACCAAGAGUUUAAGAGUAAUGAGGGCAUGACGAUCACAGCAGGAGGAAGCUGCGAGGGGGUCUCCACGUCUGAGUCUCAGGGGAAAGGCCUGGCACCUCUCUCGGACUGCAAAGACGAGUUCCAGAGUGUGAGCGAGCCAACAUCAACCGAACAACCUGAGGACGAGGACGACAGUCUGGAGAUGGAGAGCCCAAUGGAGUCUCCCACAUCAGAUUUCAAACGUAGCUCACCAGAGGGAAAGUCUGUGUUUGGAGACAGUCCGGAGCCGUACUUCUGCCCCACAGAGUCAAGUUCAACCCUAUAUUUCAGCGCUGAUCCUCAGUCUCCCAGCAGUGCCAGUAACCCCCGUCUGGACCGGGACACUGGGGGCCUGGAACAGGGGGUGCGCCUCAACUCAAUCCCCAGCGAUCCAGCCCUUCACAGAGAUGUCCGUGGGCUCAUUGGCCGGGUCGGACCACGCUGUACUUCCACUCCUAAACUGGACUCUGGAGUGUCGGACUCCCCUUCUAGUGUCCCUCACCUCACAGGUCCGAGGAGGCAGCUUAUAAUGUCACGAAGAGAUGAAGACGAUAACUUCUAGCUUUCUUUAGACAGAAUCAGGGAAAGAGCAACAGCAACUUAUCCAACAUUAAAGGAGUACACCAGCUUUUUGGAAGGGCACUUUUCCAUCCGUUCGUUGCUGUUGGAUGACCUCACCUCUUUACGCUGUAUAGUUAGUGCACUGUGGGGUAGUGAUGCGCGGGUCCUACAUUUUAAUCUGCGGUUUGGCUGGUUCAGGUGAGCUUGCUAGAAAUAUCGCGUGUCUCAGGCAGGGCAGGUCAUUAAAUUACAGAGUAGCAUUCUGACAAAGCUGUUAUAAUUUACAGAAACUUAGUGCAAUAAUCCAGUUAACACCUUCUCUUCCUGUCUCCUCUCUGUCUCUUUCACACAACGAGCAGCUCUCUCAUCAGUCUCAUCAGCACUGCUGUGCUCAGGCUUUUAGCUUUUGAUUAGGAAAAUCUGGUAAGGUCCGACAUAUUCCUAUAUCCCUCGGGUCAUAAUGUCUGGUAAAAAUAUUUCCCUCUGCAAAUAUGUAGGCCUAACACUGUGUUCUUACAGCAAGCAAGAGUCUCUCUGUCCACACUGACUCCAUUAAAUAUGCACCUCUGUAACGUCAUGUAAACAAACCAUCAUACCGAUCAGCUGUGCGCUCAUGUAAACAAACCAUGCAGGUUUUUCAGCUGUGCGCUUGAGAUCAUAUGCUAAAGAUGUCGUCACUUAAAAGCUUUCUUUCUGUCAUUUAUACUUUUUAAAACAGAAAACAUGUUUUAAAUUGUGAUAUUUACUGGAAAUUACUUACAAUAUAGCCAAAAGCAAGUAGGUCAUUACCAGAAACGUUCUGCUCCCAUUCACUGGGUGUUUGGUUCGAGUUAUUUACUGAUGUACAUGUGUAUGGAUCAGGCUGACUGGGUUGGCUCUCAUAGCGGGCCAGGUUGGGUUGGGUUUCAAAAAAACCCUGACCUGCGCAUCACUACUGUGGGAAAUAAUUUAUGAAACAAAUUUGGGAUAAAGCUAAGCUAGCGGAUAUUCUCCUCUCCUGAACUAAUAUUUAGAAGAUCACUUUGAAGGUGAAACCUUCAGCAGUGUUUUCUGUCAGACAUGAAGAAGACAAAGAUUGGCUACAAAGAUGGUGUAUUGAAGCUCAGAAAGACCUGUCUGACUAAACAUUUCUUCGGUUGUUUUGACAGCAAUUAACUUUAGCCUCAAGUGCUAUACUGUGCAAUAAAGUGAGCACUAGGUGUGCCACUGAAGUUAUAUCAAUAAACGUCAUUAGAAAUAUGCAGCUGUUUCAUGAUCUCGAACAACUGACGGUCUUUAUAAUACAUACCAAAACUGCUGUUAUUCAUGAUAAUUUUGCCAGCAGUUAUGAGAAUAGAGAAACUAUUCUUAGAUCUUAAGGAGACGGGAGUAUCUGACCUCUGAAUAUUCACCAUCUCAGUAUAAGCCAGAGCACUGUUGGCUUCUUAAAGCACAAAUAUCUUCUGUAUCAUAUGUCUAUUGCUGUGUUUUUUUGUUAUUCCCAUAUGAAAAAAAAUUCCUGGUCCUGUCAAAAAAAAAAAAAAUCUGUAUUUUUUGUAUAAUCAUGUCAACUGGUGUUGCUUUGAGCAAGGCUAGUUUGUCAACCUGGCAAAAACUGUGUUUGAUGUUUUAUCUUUACUUACAUGUUGACCAUGUAAUUGCUAAAAUGUUUUUUGACUUUACAUUACGUUGGGGGGAAAGUAAUGUCUCAGGCACUGACUUUAAAGGGAAAAAUAGUUAGUUUUUAUCCUGGGCCAUUUUUUUCCAUGUUUUUGUUUAUACGUGACUAAUGGAGACAGCAUUUUGAAAUUGGUUCAGUAUUGAGUGAAACAGUCGGCAGUGUAAUUCGUACUGUCAGUUCACGACAGGCUCAGAUAGUUAUUGCAGGAGUGUGACAGUUUAAUGGAAAAUACCAGGAGAUUGGUUUCUUUAUCAUAUAAAUUACUGAUAUUUCAAAUACAAAUUAGACGUUUGAGCGCCAACUAGAUUUGAUAAAAUCAAGUGGUUGUGGCUUUACAUCAAUAAAUACAAAUAGAUGUUGACAAAAUCUGACAUAAUUUGCAGUUAAAAAAAUGUAACAAAUCACAAUAAAUCAUAACAUAUGUUACUGCAAUACUUAGCUUAUCGUAGAAUAUUAAAUAUAGCAAUAAUUGUAUCGUGACUUAAGUAAGGUGAUAAUAUCUUAUCAUGGGGCCUCUGGUGAUUUCCAACCCUUUGAAAAUACCCUAUAGAAAAAUGAAAUGUUUUUCUCUACAUUUCGCUGACCCGGUCGGUUUCUUAUUGUGAGUAAUCAAGUCUUGCUCAAUGAGAAGUCUCAUUGUGAAAUCUAGCAGACUUUUCCACAUUGGCGAAAUCACAAUAACAACACAACAAACUCUUCCCAACACUCUUCUUUCAAGCUCUCACUAACAUUUAAACUGUUGUCUCACAAGAUUUUAGAAGGAGACUUGAUCCAGACUUGGUUACAAUAACAAACAGACCAGCAAAGGUAAAGAAAGACAUUUAAUCUCUCUGUAGGGUCCUUUCUGUAUAGUUGUCAGACACUUACACUAACACUCUGGACCUGUCAGUGGUAAAAACAAGCACCCAGAAUUGUUGUAAAUUAAUGGUGCAAAAUUGGCCGCAGUGAUUACAUUGCAGCCUUUUUUGUCACUGCAACUGGAGCAGUCCGUCUCAAUACUGAACCAGUUUCAAAAAUUGUUUUCUCCAAAUUCAUGGUAAAGUAGGGUCCAGGUUUAAAAAACACCAGAGCUCCCCUUUAAAAAACUUCCAACUGUCUAUUGCGUAAUAAAAUUAAAGGAUGCUAAUAGGGUACUCGUAGUGACAUUUGUAUGUGCUCUCGAUUGCUGUCUCUAGGGCACAAAUGCAUUUUUGCUCAUUGCCGUUCAGUAAAAGGGAUGAAAUCCACCAACAAAGCAGUGAAAUGAUGCUGGGGUUUUUCUUGCACCCAGGUGACUGCCUAUUUGACAUUUUGAACUGUGAAGUGCAAGGCCACUGGUGGCUUCAAAUAAGCAAUAAAUAGCCUACAUAUUGGGGUGACUGGAAAACGAGUGUUUGUAGUUACUGAACUUUGAACUAUGGUUUUAUAUUUAUGGUAUGAAGUACAGUACUCUGCAAAAGUCUUAGGCCACCAAAAAACUCAGAACAAAAUAACUUCAGAGUCAGAUUUAAGCUAAAAUUUAGUGUGACCUCCCUUUACAUAUAGCACCUCUUGACCUUUCUUGGGCAGACUAUCUUCAAGUUUUCUUAAAUAAUCUUCUGGUAUAUCGUAUCAAGCCUGCUUCAGCACUUCUCAGAGCUCAUCUUAAGACCUGGGCUUUCUUUUAUUCGUGUCUCUGUCCUGGUGAU